GGACCGGCAUAACACCACAGAAGAAGAAGGUACGUCCUGGGGAUACCGAAUAGCACUAACCUGAAUGUCAAGCUACUCUUUUCUAUCAUAUCAACGUGAUCAUUUUCGGAUUGUAUGUUCUCUUCAUUGUAACUAUUAUAUGUUUUUACGUAUUCAUACAUGAAUUGCACAUCGUGUGGAGACGUCUUUUUCAGUUCAAUAUAAACGUAGAGGCAACGCUAACGCAUUGCAAAGCUAGUGAAGCUAACAAGCCGUUUUGGACAGGACGUUACACCAUGGAGCCCGAAGCACAAAUACGAAACCUACGGGACUUUCUGAUGGUCUACAACCGUAUGACAGAGAUCUGUUUCCAGAGAUGCACCAGUAACUUCAACUACAGAAGUCUCACCAUGGACGAGGAGCGCUGUGCAGACAGCUGUGCCGGGAAGCUGAUCCGCUCCAACCACCGUCUGAUGGGAACCUAUGUCAACCUGAUGCCGGGGAUGGUGCAGCGCCGCAUGGCUGAGAUGGAGAAGAAGAACGCUGAGCUGGUCACAGCAGAGGCUGAGGCUGCAGGUGCACUGGAGGGGACACCUGACUUGGCUGAUCAAGGCCUACCUAUAGCCUCAACCGGGGGUAAAGCCUCGGCUCCUGCCCCGGGGACAAGUGAGGCUAUGACGGCUUCAGAGGUAUCAGUGAUGGCUGCCUCAGUCUUAAAGCCUGCUGUUUUAGAUUUCUCUGCAGACGUGGGUCCAGCUGCCUCACCCUCCACCCCAGCCUCAGAACCACUGGUGCCUUCCUCCCUCUCCCAGGCUGUGAAUGGAGUAGGGCUCACCAGGCUGACUUCAGGCCCAAUUUUAGAGUUGUCCCCUGUUAGACAUGAUCAAUCCACUGUCACUGUUGCUCCCAGUGCAGCACCAAGUGGUCCCCACCUUAGUAGAUAACCAGGCACCAGUAAUGUUAGUUCCGCCCACAUUUACAUAUGGUGCCUGUAGAGGAGACACCAGCGCCUACAAUAGUGACUCUUAUGGUUACACAGAGAUAAGCCCUAACCCCAGGCCCAACCCCAGGCCCAACCCCAGGCCCUAGCCCUAACCCCAGGCCCUAGCCCUAACCCCAGGCCCUAGCCCUAACCCCAGGCCCUAGCCCUAACCCCAGGCCCUAGCCCUAACCCCAGGCCCUAGCCCU